AGAGAUCGAGAGAUAGCGUAGGUUGUGGGUGUGUGCGCGCGCGCUGUAAGACGUAAUUCAUCGGGCUACUCUAGUUCAUGAUUUGUCGGCUAAAAAUUAACGACUGGUCUGGCGACAGGCAGAAGCAGUCCUGAUGCACAUUUAAUGUAUUUAUUUUUGUGAGAGGCUAGCAGUGUAGCAGGAUGCUUCAUGGGAAUCACUCUUGCAUGAAGGGACAUGAAACGGCCAGCUAUAUCUCCUGCUUCAUUCACCUGUGGGAGGAGUGGAUUGGACUGGGAAAUCUGGAAGAUUACCUCAGCUACCUUGAUUACUUGGUUUGGGUUUUCACCCCAUUAGCUGUUGUCUUCAUCCUGCCCUUCUUCAUCGUCUUGUUCCUCUACCUCUCCAUCCUGUUCCUCCACGUAUACAAGCGCAAGAACGAACUCAAAGAGGCCUAUUCCAACAACCUGUGGGAUUGUGCAAGAAAAACACUGGCCACUCUGUGGGAUGGACAUGCAACUAUAUGGCAUGGUUAUGAGAUACAUGGUUUGGAGAAGAUACCGGACCAAGGCCCGGCCCUUAUUGUUUAUUAUCAUGGAGCUAUUCCCAUAGACUAUUAUUACUUUCUGGCCAAUGUCAUCAUUCAAAAGGGAAGAACCUGUCAUUCUGUUGCUGACCACAUGCUCUUCAAGAUUCCAGGGUUCAAGCUGCUGCUGGAGGUGUUCAGCGUGAUGCACGGGCCCCAGGAGGAGUGUGUGAGGGCCCUGCAGAACGGUCACCUCCUGGGCAUCUCUCCGGGCGGGGUCCGGGAGGCCCUGUUCAGUGACGAGACCUACCCUCUGCUGUGGGGAAAGCGCAGGGGCUUCGCUCAAGUGGCUAUCGAUUCCAAAGUGCCCAUAAUUCCUAUGUUUACUCAAAAUGUCAGAGAAGGAUUUCGUUCUCUUGGAACUUUAAGAUUUUACAAAUGGGUGUAUGAAAGAUUUCGAUUGCCAAUUGCGCCUGUAUAUGGAGGUUUUCCUGUGAAGUUUCGCACUUACUUGGGUGAUCCGAUUCCAUAUGAUCCUAAUGUAACUGCAAGCGAGUUAGCAGAAAAGACACAGCAAGCAGUACAGUACCUUAUUGACAGACACCAAAAAAUACCUGGAAAUGUUCUUCGGGCCCUGUUAGAGAGAUUUCCUAGAAGACACAAAGAAGAAUAAUGCUUUCUCCUUCCUUUUUCACGGUGAAGGCUCAUGCAGGUUAAACCUUACUUCACUGUUUUAUAUGGGUAAAGUGAUAGUAUUAUCUGAAGUAUUAUGAAAACAAUAUAUUUUUAGUUGUCUACAGGUCAGUGGUCACAUCCAGUGGGUUUUAUAUCAUUUUGUGUACAUGCACAAGAAAAGAUACACAAUUUGGUGACUGCAGUCAUUUGUAGAACAUUUUUGUAUCAUUUGUAGUGGGGUGAAGUCUCAAUUACAUAUUUGUGAAUAUAUAAAUAUUUAUAUAUAUAUUUGACUGUCUAUGUUUUCUAAAUUAUGUAAUGUUAACAAAGAACCUCUACUCAUACUCUCAGAUUUGUUCAAAAGGAAGCUAGGUCAAGGUUGGCAUACAAGGUCUGUGUGUCUGUCA